AUGUCCAGUCCAGCGGCGAUGAAGAGAGGAGGGAGCGCCCUCGGCUCUCCCCAGAGCCUGGACCUCCUCGGCACAUCCACGGUGAUAGAGCGAACUCAGAAGGUCACAGAGAAGGUGUCAAAGAUCCUCUCUCUGGAAACUGACGUGUUGCCAAAAUACAAGCUCCAACUCCCCGAGACGACAUGGUGGAUUCUGCUGCACUACAGCCCGUUCAAAGCCUUCUGGGACUGGAUCAUUCUGUUCCUGGUCCUGUACACGGCCGUCUUCACUCCGUACUCGGCGGCGUUCCUUCUGGACGAGCACGGAGACAGGGAGUGUGGCUACACGUGCGACCCUUUGAACGUGGUAGACUUCAUGGUGGACGUUCUGUUCGUCGUGGACAUCGUCAUCAACUUCCGCACCAGCUACGUGAACCACAACGACGAGGUGAUCACCGUACCGUGCAGGGUUGCCAAGCAUUACAUCACCGGAUGGUUCGCCAUCGACGUUUUCGCCGCCCUCCCCUUUGACCUGCUUAUCUUCCACUCUCGCUCCGAUGAGAUGGCCACCUUUAUUGGCCUACUGAAAACAGCACGGCUGCUUCGACUGGUCCGAGUGGCCAGGAAGCUAGACCGCUAUUCUGAAUACGGAGCAGCCGUCCUAUUUCUACUCAUGUGCACCUUUGCACUCAUCGCACACUGGCUGGCAUGUCUCUGGUACGCCAUCGGGUUUUUGGAAAGGCCGUACACAGAGACCGGCUGGCUGGACAACUUGGCACAGCAGCUGGGCAAGAAGUACAACGACAGCGACCCCCGGUCAGGGCCCUCCAUCAAAGAUAAAUAUGUGACGGCUCUGUACUUCACCUUCAGCAGCCUGACCAGCGUGGGCUUCGGGAACGUCUCCCCCAACACCAACUCUGAGAAGAUCUUCUCCAUCUGUGUCAUGGUCAUUGGCUCUCUCAUGUAUGCCAGUAUAUUUGGCAAUGUGUCGGCGAUCAUCCAGCGGCUGUACUCCGGCACCACCCGCUACCACACCCAGAUGCUCCGGGUUAAAGACUUCAUCCGCUUCCACCAGAUCCCCGGGGGGCUCCGCCUGCGGCUGGAGGAGUACUUUCAACACGCGUGGUCGUACACCAACGGCAUCGACAUGAACGCAGUUUUGAAGGGGUUUCCUGAGUGCCUGCAGGCGGAUAUCUGUCUGCACUUGAACCGAUCACUGCUGCAGAACUGCAAGGCCUUCCAUGGGGGCAGUGAGGCCUGCCUUCGGGCCUUAGCCACGAGGUUCAAAACGCUCCACGCUCCCCCGGGAGACGUCCUGAUCCACUACGGAGACGUCUUGGACUCCCUGUUCUUCAUCUCCCGCGGCUCCAUCCAGGUGCUGCGGGAUGACGUGGUGAUCGCCAUACUCGAGAAGAACGACAUCUUCGGGGAGCCCAUUCAUCUGCACGACGAGCCGGGGAAGUCGAGCUCCGACGUAAGCGCAAUCACCUACUGUGACCUCCACUCCAUACCCAGGGAGGACCUGCUGGAGGUCCUGGAUAUCUACCCGGACUUCGCCAACACCUUCUGGACCAACCUGGAGAUCACGCUGGACCUGAGAUGUAUUGCCCGAGGACAGCUUCUAGAAGAUAGUGGUGAUGAAUGGGAGUAUCAACAACAGCCCAGGCAGAGGAGAUACUCACUAGACUGCAGAAUCCGACCUGAUGGAAUCGACCAUGACGACUCAUUUCCGCUCAAUUCGAUCGGUCAGCGUCACUCUGCUCCACAACCACGCUGCGGCUCCCCGCUCACCCGUUCCACUGAGGACCUGAGGGAGGCCCUCACGCCCGGCACCAAGUUGCAGCCUUCAGAAAAAAUCUGGUUGGACCGGGCUCCUUCUGCGGACAGACUGCUGCCCCCGGGGGGCGCGCCCGUAGUGGCGGAGCGGGCUCCGGACAUAGCUUCGUCUGUAAACAGGCCUGGGAUGUUCCACUUCUGGCCCGACAGAGAGUCGUUGCUGGUCAGCAGCCGGCCUCGGCCCUCUUGCAACCCUGACCCUGACCCUCACCCUCACCCUCACACUGCGGGGGACACAGAGCUGGGCUCCAGACUGGAAGUACUGCAAUCUCAACUCAACAGGCUUGAGACCCGCGUGGCGGCGGACAUCAGCGUGAUCCUCCAGAUCCUGCAGGUGCCCGCGGACCCGCCCGUCCCCCCCGCCUACAGCAUCGUGUCCUCCAAGGGCUCCCCCCUCCCCUCAGGGGCCUCCACUAGGCUCCGUCACCCCUCUACUGGGGCCCCUAGCCCCUCUCCUCUGGUCCCCGACCCGUCUACUGGGGUCUUCUCUACUGGGGCCCCUAGCCCCAACACUGCCCCACCCAGCCCCUCUGGGCCCCAUACCGGGGUCCCUACCCCGUCGAUUGGGGCCCCUAGCUCCUCUUCUGGGAUCUCUAGCCCCUCUCCUGGGCCCCUCUACUGGGGUCUCUCGCCCCUCGUCUAG